AUGAAGAACGAUGCAUCGUCGCGGUCCCAUGCCAUCUGCCGCAUCCGCAUCGAGAAUCCUGCCGUCACGGGACGGGACGGCCUCCUCUACCUCAUCGACCUCGCGGGCUCCGAGGUCGCGCGGGACAUUGCCUCCCACAAGAACGACCGGAUGCGCGAGACCCGCGAGAUCAACAUCAGUCUCUCGGCGCUCAAGGAUUGCAUUCGCGGAAAGGCCGAGUGGGACGCCAGCCGUGGAUCCAAGUCAAGGUUGAAGAAGCCCCAUGUGCCGUUUCGGCAGAGCUCCUUGACCAGAAUCCUCAAGCACGUCUUCGAUCCAUCGUCGGAGCGGCCAUGCAAAACGGUUGUCCUCGCCUGCAUUAAUCCCAGUCUCGCUGACGCGGGAGCAAGCAAGAAUACUCUUCGCUAUGCCGAGUUACUGCGCGUCUUGAUAGCCGAACCUUUGACUGCAGGUCUAGAUAGUAGUGCUCUUGAGGCCAGUGGUGAUUCAAGGGAAGGUAAUAAGGUGGUGGGGUUUAGGAAAGAUUCUAGACACCCCAUGGAUUCACAAGUGGAGGCCAUCCCCUUCAAACAGCGCAUCAGGUCUGGUAUGGUUGUGAAGUGGAGUUCCGCCCCGCGGGACUCAACGGGCACGAGCUCCUCCGAUCUAGCCUUAGUUCUCUGCUCCACGGAUUCGAAGACAUGCCAUUCUGAAGGGGCGUCGGACGAAACUACUGGUGGGGACCACGACCGAGAAAAGAAACCAAGGUAUCUUUGCGCCAAAGUUGUACCAGGUUCAACUGCCAAUGCCUACGAGAUUAGGAUAUGGGAUCAAAUAAUUAUUAGCGACGACAUGAUGGAGGCGGAAAUCAUUCUAGAGUACGAUACAGCGUCUCGUUACUAUUAUCAAUCAAAAUAA